CUAAACAUGGUCAUGAAACGUUAGUGGGCCUGACUCACUCCUGCCACCCCCCGCGGGCCCGUCUGAGCAGGGGGACCGUGUCUCUCCGCCGUGUUUACUGUUUACCCUCUGAGGUGUGCUGUGUUCAGCCACCGCUGAGCAUUAUGUCGCCGCUGACCGUGCACGGUCCUUCCAGGAACACGUGGCUUCUCUCUCACAGCUGACUGUGUAAUACAGCGUUAUACUGUAGUAUGAGCAGAGGUCACUUCAGGGAACUGUACCUUCCUUAUCAUGACUUUUUUUUUUAAUUUAAUUUUUUUAUUGUCCGUUAUCACUAAUUCUGUGAACUCGCACAGCUCUGUCAAACACAGCUUAUUACCCCUUUGGCUGUAUGAUUACCGCACUUCCUGGCGUCGCUACCAGGUCGCCCUUCAUUCCUCAUUUCACUGACACCUCGGUCUUAAGGAGAUGACCGUGUCGGGGUGGUACGGCUCGCGGUGCUGCGUGUGCGCGUGUAUGUACGAAGGUUCAAGGAUUUCAGGCAAUUGAGAUGAAGCGUUCCCUCUUAUCUCGUUCUCGGAGAUAUGACUCUUGUGCCUCAUCCAGCGGCUCUCAGCACUUUGAGCGCAGUAUCACCGCACAUCUCUCCUUCCUGUCGCCAGAGAUGAUUUGGAUCCCUCCGUCCAGCGCUGGUUUGGCACCCGCCCUUUCUCCUCCUUCCUCUCGCCUCCAGCGCUGUGUCGGCCCAAAAGGGGCUUCCUCUGGAACAGUUAAGAGGGCGGACGGGGCACUGAUGUGGUAUUUCCUGGUUUUGAUCCCACACUUGGGGUAAGCAGACCAGGCUAUGAUGUUUACCAUGAACUUCAUGGGUUCAUUAAUGCAUUCCCACAAUUCCCUGCAGACAGACACGCGCCUAAUGAGCUGCUACUCCCUGCGGACGUCCCCACGCUGGUGGUUGUUUGGGCUCGGGCGGGUUGCUGUGGCUGGCCUGUCUGUCUGGGGGGCGACGGCAAGGACGGUUGACUUGGGCGGGGCUACAGGCAAAGAAGCUUAGGUGUCGAACCCACAACCCUAGCGUUGCCACUGUCUUUUCUGUGAAACCCUAUAGCCUCCUUGGUAUUCCUGUGUCCAGGAACACAGGGCUGAGGAAGGGUAAAAAGGGGUAAAGAGGGACAAACGGUACCCUGGUGGCAAGGGGUGGUGCCUGGUCUCACCUGUUUACUCUUACUUUUAUUCUAAUUUUCGGGUGCCAGUUGAACACACUCUGCUUUACCACCAUUUACAUUCAGCCGUUCACCGCCUGCUCUUUUUCUGCUCUUCGCCGUAGUCCUGUAGGAAAAUGAGGUGCAGCGCAGGGCUCAGAGUGCACAAACAUGGCACAUUUGGUGUCCUCCGCACCUCGGCGUCCCUCAUCGCUGUGGCCGAAGCCCAGCUGAGCCGCCGUUACCCGUCGUACGUUCGGCUGUCCGUGGCUGAGGCUCCACGCUCUUCUUCGGGGAGGUCAGACAACACGGUAGCGAGGAAACGGCGAAAAACAGAGAAGUAACAGUAAGUUGCAGCCCGAGUUCACGUUACUCAAAGUGCACUGAUUGAGUCAAUGAUUUCUUAGACGACAAUCCAUCGCACUACAGGGAUUGGACACCUGUUGAAUGUCCUUGACCAGUUAUCAUGUUGUGCCGAAAGGCUGUAAUUUACGUGAAAUGCGCAUCCCUUCCCUUUGCUGGGGGCGUACGGGUGGAGGCCUGGGGAACAAUAAGGCCACGGUUCAUGGUUGUGGAAGGGCGUUUCUAUCUGGACUCGUCUCAAAGGUCCUCUGACGUUAUUCCUGGUUCUGGCAAGGAUGGAGCCCCUAAGAUGGGGUGCAGCCUGCUGGGGGAUCGCCCUGCUUUUCCGUGUGCAGCGAAAGAACGGGUGACGCGGAACGGGCAUGCCGUGGUGCGGCACAUCGGCAGCGAGGCGAUCUGUGGGCAGAGAGGGCCGGGAGGUGCCGGGAGGUCCCGGGAGGUGCCGACGUCCACACGUGUCCCCGUCGGACAUAAAGACACACGUGGCAUCCAAGCAUCGGCAACUUUGAGCCCAAGGUUUUGGGUCCCCUGAUGAGGGUCUCGUGAUCACUUGUCUCCUGGGAGGAGCUGUAGGAGCCCAGAACCCGGUCUGCCUGCACGCUUUGUCCCGGUCCAGCAUCUGUGUCGCAAACGUACGCUUUUCCACGAAGCCGUCUGUUGCCGUGUAAUUUUACUCCAGGCGGCUCCGCCUCGCGUCUUGGUUCUUUGCUCUCCCAGCAUGCAUUGCUGUCGGAGCACAGAGACAAGUACAAGCAGGCACGGCAGGAGAGACGCGUCACGUGAAACGCACGUGGACUGAAGGAAAUUUCUGCAGGAGCCAGGAGUGCAGAGCUCUACAAAGCAUUGCCAGCACAUUCGACGGGUUCGUCUUAUCAGGCCGAUCUCGUUCACCUCCAUUUAUGGUCUUUUACUUGCCUGGCGUUGGAUCGGGGACCGUGGGCGGUCGACCAGAAGCCCUGGACCGUUCAGGAGGAAGUGGGGUUACCGUGGGAACACGCUGCACGGAUCCCGGCUGCGGCGGCCGCACGCUCCACCUCUCCUCAGCCGCACUGACAAAUGUUCUGAGGCCAUUUGAAUAAUUACCGCGGUGCCUCUCAUGCUUCAUUCUCAUUAUUUACAUGUGCUCUGUUCCCCGUGAGUCCUGUGCUGCGACUCACCGUUUCGCCUGGCGCUGCUGCGGUUUGGCAUCUGAUCUUAGGAUAAACAGAAAGUCGGACAGCGGGAGACGUGCAGCGUAAUGUAAUUGUGGUCUUUGUCCCCAACGUCGACACUCGGGCGUGGUGCUCGGUGCUGUGCGACACACACUCAUCUCCCGCGCGGGCUUGUUCGGAGGCAGCGGGUGGUGCAGAGGUUAGAGCUACUGCCUUUGGGCUCAAAGGACCUGGGUUUGAAUCCCACCUCCCGCUGUAAGCGCCGUCAUCAAGGUGCUUAGCUUGCACCAAUACCGCAAAAGUGACCCUGCUUUUUACAUGGGUAGAUCGGUGUGAUCGUGGUGAGAAGGCUGCAGUUGGAAGUGACUUCGGAGAGAAGCGUUACCCAAACGAAUCCAGGUUCCAGAGAGGUGUUAACAGCGUGGCCAACGAGUCCGUGUCAUGGGCCAAAUAAUUGCACUUGUGUACGGUUUCAGAAACACAAGGAUCGUUUUCCACUUGUGUACGAUAUAUUGUCUGGGUGGCAGUGUGUUUGACACGUGCACACACGCGUACGCACGCACGCAUGCACGCAUGUACAAAGUUCCCUCGCCAUCUUGAAAGGAUGCGACAGGUAGAUGCGCUUCUGGACCGCGGUACGCUCCAAAGUGCAUUAGGCCUUAAAAUGAGUGCAGAUGUGAAUGAAUAGCCAGAUGCUCCCGACCCAUCAGGACCGUUCUCCUCUCUCGGUGGACAGAAGCUCUUCUGUCCCAGGAGCCGUUUCCUGGCUGUCUUCUCGAAGCAGGGCCACUGUGUGAACUGCCCUCGCUCUGGGGGCGGUCCGUCCUGCUGUCCCUGUGCAUCACGGUACAAACGCUAUGAGGGGAAUUAGUUUGUACGUCGAUUUGCUCAUUUAGGUUUAUACAAAUUCAAGCUGCAUUAAAAAUUUCCAUAUGAUCUCGAUGUUUGGAAAGAGAUGCAAAUGCGUCCUCGUGGACGGCAUCGUGGGAUCCGCGUUUGGCACGUCAUCAAGUCCCAUACAAACGACAUGGUGGAUCUAAUGAUUUGUGGUGGAUGUGUGAGGCAUCCAACCGUGCAGAUCCGUGCUCUGGGAUGAACCGUGAAGCAGGUGUGACCGCAGAGGUGUGUUCGCCUCGCCGCAGAAGAGUGUGUGAAGGGCCCCAGGCAGUCCUGCGUGCAAAGGCCUGUAAGAGCGUUGUGUCCCUCUGGACCUUCGCCGCUGGUCAGUUUGCACGUUGAGUUACACGUAGCACUCGGUCAGCUUGAGGCCAUAGACACGGUACGUAAGUGGUUCAAAUCCCAGGAGCGUUGAGUGUCUUUGGCCAUGGCUGCCUGCCGAAUAAAUGCACUAAGGUUAUUUUAGAAGAAAUGCUAAUAUGAUGACGUGUUUCCCAAAGUUGUACUGACACGUGUGUCUUUCAUGUUGCCUGAAAAGGUCAUAAAUGACUGAAACCGUGGAAGUUGUACCUUUCAGUUGUAGCGUUCUGACCUGUGAUCCCGUGGCAACCUUCCCUACGGAUGCCCAAUGACCGUCUCGGCGGGGCCAGAGGUCACCCUGUAAAGAACUGUGUCUUGUGGUUAUUGAGUGGGUUUCCUUUCGAAGCGGAGACGGAACUGAGGACCGCGACCGUGAGAGCUGGUCUCAUCAGGACAUGCGGUAAAAGUGUAAAGCAAACUCCACGCAGCAUCCCAGCUGUGAAGGAGUUGCAGAAACGUAUCAUUUCCCAGAGUCCUGUAGCGCGGCGCCUUAUCGGAGCCCAGCACUCCUUCCUGCCGAGCCACACCAGGACAAUGGCCACAGCUUCCCCUCUAUGUCCUCCGGAGAAUCUCCCCUCCCUGGGCUCUCAGAGAUUGACAAGCAGAAGCAGAGCAAAGACUCGGUCUACUUCCGGGACGGGGUGCGCAGGAUCGACUUUGUCCUGUCCUACGUGGAUGACCAGACCAAGGAUGGCGAGAAGAAGCUGGAGAGGAGGAAGGAGUUUGAGGCCAACCUGUUGAAAGUGGGACUGCAGCUGGAGACAGAGGACAAAUCAGAAUCGGAUGACGGCAAGACCUACUUCCUGAAGAUCCACACGCCCUGGGAGGUGCUGGCCACCUACGCGGACGUGCUCAAGAUCAAGGUGCCCUUCAAAGUGAAUGACAUCCCGAGCCACCAGGAGAUGACAGUAAAGUGUUUCUCGAAGCCCUUCCGCUUGCCGGAGACCGUCAUGAACCCGGAGCCCGACUACUUCACAUCGCCCUUCGACAAGAACAAGAUCGACUUCUUCCUCAUUGACAACAAGGAGACCUUCUUCCCUCCGUCCACUCGCAACAGGAUCGUCUACUACAUCCUGGCCCGCUGCCCCUACUACAAGGAGGAGCACAAAGACAAGGACAAGAAGGGCAUCAAGCGGCUGCUCAACAACGGCACCUACACUGCCGCGUUCCCCCUGCAUGAUUGCCGCUACUGGAAACCGUCCAAGGACUCCAACUGCGAGAGCGAGCGCUACAACCUCUACAAGUACUGGGCUCGCUUCUUCCGCUUCUACAAGGAGCAGCCGCUCAACCUGAUCCGGAAGUACUAUGGGGAGAAGAUUGGCAUCUAUUUUGCCUGGCUUGGGUUCUACACUGAGAUGCUGACCUACGCCGCCGUCGUCGGCCUCAUCUGUUUCAUCUACGGGCUCUUCACCUAUGACGAGAAUGUCUGGAGUCAGGAGAUCUGCAACCCGGAGAUUGGCGGCCAGAUAGUCAUGUGCCCGCUUUGCGACAAGAAGUGUGGCUACUGGAAGCUCAACUCCACCUGCGAGUCGUCCUGGCAAUCGAACCUGUUCGAUAACGUGGGGACCGUCUUCUUCGCCAUCUUCAUGGGUAUUUGGGUGACCCUGUUCCUGGAGUUCUGGAAGCGCCGGCAGGCCCGGCUCGAGUACGAGUGGGACCUCGUGGACUUUGAGGAGGAGCAGCAGCAGCUGCAGCUCCGGCCCGAGUACGAGACCAAGUGCACCGGCCGCCGGCUGAACCGCAUCACCCAGGAAAUGGAACCUUACUUACCCAUAACAAGCCAGUGUGCUCGCUUCUGCCUGUCCGGAACCACCGUUCUCUUCUGGAUGGCGCUCAUCAUCGCCAGCAUGAUUGGCGUGAUUGCCUACCGCCUGGCGGUGUACGCCGCCUUCUCCAGCAUCAUGAAGGAAAAUUCCACGAAGCUGCAGGUCGUCGGUUCCCUCAUCACGCCGCAGCUCGCCACCUCGGUCACCGCCUCCUGCAUCAACUUUGUCAUCAUCAUGGUGCUCAACUUCCUGUACGAGCGCGUUGCCAUCUGGAUCACGGACAUGGAAAUCCCCAAGACGCACCUGGAGUAUGAGAACAAGCUGACGAUGAAGAUGUUCUUCUUCCAGUUUGUCAACUACUACUCGUCUUGCUUCUACGUGGCCUUCUUCAAGGGCAAGUUCGUGGGCUACCCGGGCAAGUACACCUACAUGUUCGGCGGCCAGAGCAACCUAAGGAACGAGGAGUGUGACCCGGGCGGCUGUCUCAUCGAGCUGACCACCCAGCUGGUCAUCGUCAUGGCCGGCAAGCAAGUGUGGGGCAACAUCCAGGAAGCGCUGGUGCCGUGGCUGUGGAACUGGUGGGGAAGUCGGAAGGCCCGCAAUCACCCUGAGAGCCUGUACAGCCGCUGGGAGCAGGACCACGACCUGCAGAAUUUCAGCCAGCUGGGCCUCUUCUAUGAGUACCUGGAAAUGGUGAUCCAGUUUGGAUUCAUCACGCUCUUUGUGGCCUCCUUCCCCUUGGCGCCGCUCUUGGCUCUGCUCAACAACAUCAUUGAGGUGCGCGUCGACGCCUGGAAGUUCACCACGCAGUUCCGGCGACCCGUGGCCGCCAAGGCGCAUAGCAUCGGGGCCUGGGAGGAAAUCCUCAACGGUGUGGCCAUCCUGUCCGUCGUCACAAACGCGUUUAUCGUGGCCUUUACCUCGGACAUGAUUCCGCGGCUCGUGUACUACUACGCCUACCACCCCGGCGACUCGCCCACCAUGGAGGGCUACAUCAACAACAGCCUGUCCAUCUACGAAAUCUCCCAGUUCCCUGAACAUAAUCGACCCGAUCAGUCAGAGAACCCAGUCUGGUUCAACGAGACCAUCAUCACGACCUGCAGAUACCGGGACUACCGCUACCCCCCGGGCCACAAGAGGGAGUACUCGCACAGCAUGCAGUUCUGGCACAUCCUGGCUGCGAAGCUGGCCUUCAUCAUCAUCAUGGAGCACGUGGUGUUUGUGGUGAAGUUCUUUGUGGCGUGGAUGAUCCCGGACGUGCCCUCGGAGGUGAAGGCGCGUAUCAAGCGCGAGCGCUACCUCAUCCAGGAGUACCUGCACAACUACGAGGUGGAGAAACUCAAACUCCAGCUGAGCCAGAGCAACGGGGGCCACGUGCAGUGUGAUGCGGCCCAGAUCAUGGCUGCCGAGAGACACCAGGUGCUGUCCGAGUGCCUGUAGCCCUCGUCCCCUUCCGUUGACUCAGGGCGCCCCCGGAAGCCGAGCGGCUGCAGCGACGCUACGAGGGGCUCCAGCUUCCCAAUAUGCACCAAGAAGAGCUCAAGCAUCUGACUUCACUGGACCUUGGUUAUCCUUCCUCACGAGCAAUCGCUGAGGGAAGGCGGCCCUUUCCCACCCGCACUAAGUGCUGUUGCAGUGUGUCCCACCCGUCGCCAUGGGGAUCCGCAGCGUCGCCGAACGCACCCUGUCCGAGCGCGGACAGCCUCACGAGAGCCAUCGCUCGACACACGAUCAUUCCAUCGCACGCCUCUUAGUUUUUGCAUGUUCCCGUGGAGCUCGCGGGGAAGCCGCCUCGUUAUUUAUUCUUUCAGACGGUUAUAUAAGAGUCUUCCCAGCGUCGGUUCAAUGUUUCCUUAUACGUUGUGCAUAAUUACCAAAGAAUGGCGUAAGCAAUGUUGCAGAAAUAAGCUUCUAUGACUAAGUGCUCAAGAAAUCUGAUUUCUGUGUCGUCUUUAUCAUUUGUAGGAUAAGGUUGUCUUGAUAAGAACUGUGAUACAAAGUGUUUCGUUGCUGUAAGCGGAGGCACGAGUUGAGUAACUGAUGCCGGAGCCCAAGAAGCGAACGCUGUCACCACAGGGGGCGCCGUUCUUCAGAGCAUUACCUCUGGGCUCCAGCCUCAAUAACCUGCAUGUUCCGAGGUUCACGCGGAAGGAGCAAGACGACACUCGAUACCCCAUUUAGAAGGUGAAGGCGGUUGGAGCCAAACUCACUGUGAGCAUGUUCGCAAUGGCGCAGACCUCCAGCAGAGAGUGUGAGCGAAACACACCGUUUUCACUGCUGUCGUUGCACUAUAAGAGUGUGUGUGUGUGUGUGUGUGUGUGUGUGUGUGUGUGUGUGUGUGUGUGUGUGUGUCUGCAUGUCUGCGUACACACAUUCAUUUCCUGUGUUGCUUUCAGCGAUUUCUCACCUGGAUGGUCCUGUUCCACAGAUGCAGGCACUUCCUCUCCCCAGUUCCCAUGCGCUCUGAUUAUGGUUCCCCAGAAUGCACCAAUUAACACAUUUGCCUACACAACUGAUGAAGGAUCCCAGGAUGGGAAGACAGUUUGUUCAUCAUUUAGUUGCGUUUCACGUUCAUGCAGGUGCCAAAGAAAAAACGUGUUCGCUGAUACUGUGUGCUCGUGUUGACCGGGGCAGUGCAGCCGCAGACCUCCGAUGCAUAUUAUGCUAAUUUUUAGCCAUUUUUACCCCCCCCAGCCCAGUGGCGACGACAAGAACCACUGCAUUAGCUGAUGUGUUUCGUAGUUGCGGUGCUACAGGGCCCCUCCCGCAGGCGCAGUUCCGCACAAAUGCUCUCCAGCUGUAGUUUGUCCUCUAGACCGGCCACGGCGAGAACGGUUCCCCCGCUAUGGUCGUGACGGCUUCUCCAGGAAAUCGGAGCAGUGACAGGCGCACGGAAACGGUGCCCACCCGUGGGCGGCGGGUCUGGCCCUUUGUGUCAGGCAGGUGUACCUGCUGGGGGGUGCUGCUCGCAGGAGCAGCUGUCGCGUGUUUACCGCUUUCUGGAGGCCACCGGGGCACCGCGCCCACAGGACAGAUCUCCAUUUAAUGGGCCUCUGUUUACCAAGUGUCAGCACUUAAUGAAAAGUGGCGUGUGAUGUGCAGGUCGCUGUGGCGCCUCGCACAAAGAGCGGCCACUCUUCUCACUUGUGGCCCCUAUUCUGUUGACUCGUUCACGUCUCAACGGCGGGCGGCGACGACCUUUGUUUCCCGUCGGGCAUGGAGCAGCUAAUGACCGAGGCGUGACGGACGGUGACACCGAUGCCCCUCACUGACGGCAACGGUCGAUCAUAGGCGGAGGCUGUUACGCCACGUCCAUCUCCCUGCUCCUCGAAUGGCACGUGAAAGAGCGCUUCACCGCGUGCGCGCUUUUCCGCUGUAUCGGUUAAUCUACCGUGGACAUGGUUGCCGUAGCCUCGUGAAAGAUUUCUCUCCUUAUUUACUUUUUUUGUUGAACUUAAAGCCAACUUUAAGAGGGAUAUUUCAGAUGAAGGCUCUUGUGUGAAUGACGUCUGCAGGGACGCCUCGUUUCCGGGGUCUCGCCGGGACCCCGACACGUGCUCCAGUUCAGGAGGAAUAAAACAUCUAUGCAUCGACGAAAUCCAUGUGCAAACUCCUUGCGGAGUCUUGCGGAGCGUGGCCUUUUCUGUCUUUUCUAUCGUCUCCUUAUGCCUUAAAAACUCCCGUUUAUGGGUUUUUUUAAUUUUUUUUUUAACACAACAUGUUUUAUUCUGUUUCUGUUUGUUUCUUUGUGCUUGUUGAGAUUUCAUGUGAAUCAGUCUUUAUUUUAAAUACUUUUAAGUUUACAGUUUUGUACAAGAUCGCUUCACUGUUCCCCUCAAUGCAUUUAUCCAAAGUAAAUUUCACCAAAGUAUAUGGAAUGGCAAAUAAAAAAUAAAGGAUUAAUAAAC